CAUGGACUGUAAUGUAUUAUUUAUAUUUUACAAUUUUACACGUAAAUGGCCAAAGCCUGAAUCGAUGCAUUAUGAGCAUAAUGUGCAAUCAUGUGUGAAACGCAAUGCAUCCAGAGUCUAUAUUUUUCUCAAGCCGUGGGAGUAAAUAUGGCGUUCGGUGGAGUUUGGCAGAGCUCGACGCCCGGCGGUAUAGCUUGUGCACCGGGAUCAAUAUGGCGACUGCUGUUGUCGUCUGCUCGGUUUGACAGGCCCAUUCUCUCGCUCGCUCGUCACGGACUCCAACUAUUUUAAGUUACGUCCGGGAUCUGCCGGGGGGAUCGUCUCACGUGAUCCUUGCAGAAAACAUCUCUGCGGGCUGCUUCGACGCGGCGUUCCGUUUUUCGGGAACGACGACGGUUUCUUCGUUUCCCGCGAGGCGGACCGUCGUCAGAGCUCGGAGAGCUCGCAUCCAUCGAUCGUUAAUCCGGCACUCCGACAGAGAACGUGCACCGUGUCGUCUGCUACGGGUGCGACGGCUGCGCGGGAAUCGUCACCGAGCCGUGCGCGCCGUGCAGUGUAUACGGUGUAUACGAUUUGCUGUUUAUCGCGAUUGCGGUACGCCGCACUCCGCAGUACGCCGCGGAACUCGCUGCUUUUCCCCGAGGAAGAGGCUAGUCGAGAAGAGGAGGGAAAAGAAGGAGGAAUGAGGAACGCUCGGCGCGACUCGUGCCCGACGUGUCGUCGUCUCCGCGGGGACGAUGGAAGCCGAGGUCCGGGUGCUUACCCGUAGAUGAGCGACUCUUCGAUCGUUUGUUAUGGAUAUCGGCGCCGUGAAUGACGUGUCGACACAUUCAGUCCGGCCGUGACCCCGAAUCCCGAGUCUCGCAAACGCGCCAGUAGCCAACGAGACGAGCCAAAGGGGUGAGCAGCGCGACAGCAUCCAACAGCAUCUCGAGCAUCUCUUCAACCCUGAGAUGGAUCGAGACGUGUACGACACGGAAGUGUAUGAAACGCGAGGACGCCGAGGACGUUCUUCGAUUGUUGGCCGGCCGUGAUGUCGAAUGAGAAGCAACGCGAUCGUUCGACGUAGCUCAUCUGGACUUGUUAGGACUUCCUUGCAGGAAAAAGAGGGAAAACACGGACGCGCGGAUUCGCAUGGAUACGCGUCGUAUUUCUAGUCACGCUCGCUGUUCGAUUCUAGUCCAAGCUCCAACAAGUACACGCUCGCCGAUACCUCAAGUGCGAUUAUUUGGUAUCACCAUGGAUAUCCUCCCGCAUGACUGAACGUUCGACUUAACAGCGAACGUUAACCGCCGAUACCGAAGCAUCGCGGUCAUGAAUACUUACGGGGCCCAUCGUAGCGCGUUACGCCGCGGUUGAUCUCGCAGAGUUUAGACACGCUAAUAGGUUUGAUGGUGAGAUACAAGCGGCACAUAUUCUUAAAUGCUAGGACGUGAGAGGUUUUGGAUAUUGGAUGUACUUCACUUCGUACAGAGCUGCGAGCGGCAAUGAUUACAUUGUAAAAACUAUACUUUUCCUUGAGAGCUUACCAAUGAUUUGGAAAUAUAGAGAGAAUAUUUUUGAGAGUUUUCUACGAUAUAUUUUAAUCGCGUACUGCAAAUAGGAUAAAGGAAUUUUUUUUACAAGCUAUAAUAGAGACUUAAGGGAAUUGAUCUUGUAAUUUCUAUAAACGAUUAUCGAGAGGCAUAAUAUAAAAGGUAUAAUUGCUGGAGCUUGGGCGCUAGAUGCGAGUAUUAUGGAGCAGAGUGAGGGAAACGACGUCUCUGGCGUUUCGAAUAAGGUAGAGGUUUCACCCAAGUCGAAGCAGAAGAAAAAAUCUCUCUGUCGCAUGCUCAUGAACAAGAAGACCAAAGUCGGUUGCUUGGAAUCCUCGUACAACGGGGACUCGAACAGGAAUUCCAAGAUAGAGAAUUCGCAUCACGGAUCUCAGACCAGCACCAAGUUAUCCCUGUGCUGCGCCAUGACCGAGCGUAGCAGGACGCCACCCCAGAGCUUGACCGUUAGCAGACUUUCCCCGACGUUGAGUCGCACCUCGGUCAAGUCUGAGAUAGCCUCCAUCAACGAAGACCAUCAGACAGAUGUGUUGGUCGAGUCUAGGGAAGACAUGCAGGUUGUGAACGAACUUGAUCAGGAGAUUGCCCAAGCAGUUCAGGAGACCGUAGUCAGAAGGAGUAACAUAGCAGUUGGGAAGGAGCAGCGACCUAGUACUUAUAUAGAAGACUCAACAGAAGACUCUUUCGACGAUUCUUCGGAAGAUGAAAACGAACUCAUUGAGUCUCGAAAAUACUUUAAGGAUGAGUACUUUACAAAGGGAAAAUAUAUCACUUAUUUCUUCCUGGAAAUGGAACGGCAGUUCUCCAAUCCUACAGAAGUUUACAAAAUGAUUCAGUAUCACAAUACUGGUUGCAAAAAACCAGAGAAAGAAGGUGAAUAUUCUUCUUCCGGAUCACUAUCGCCGAGUAUAUCAGGACAAUUACGCCGUAGAUUACUUCAUAGAAGAUCCGCAGAUAACUUGAUCGUGAACUCACCUACAAACUCUUUGAGACAUUCUAGUCCAGACUCUAUUAAGAGUGCACCGAUCCAUCAUAAGCCACGUUCAACGUCCCACGAUGCUCUGUCCAAAAAGAAAGAUCGCUACUUUUCUCAAAUGACAGGGGCGUCUAUGGAUAGCUUAGCGAAGCAAUCAUUACUUGCUGCACAAGUACUUAAUUUAAUUCCUACUCAGAAGGCACGAGAAAGGAAUUUUCUUCAUGGGAGAAUUGCUGCCAAUUCCUUACUUGGACCAGUGGAACUUGAGAAAGUAUUGCCUAAUCGAGAAUUAAAAAUUUUUAUCGGCACAUGGAACAUGAAUGGUCAGACUCCGCCAAAGGAAUUGAACGAUUUUAUGUUACCAUGCCAUAUAGAGACAGUUCCCGAUUUAUUAGCUAUAGGAACACAAGAAUCGUGUUCCGAGCGACAUGAGUGGGAAGCUGCUCUGCAAGAAACUCUCGGUCCUUCGCACGUGCUACUAACUAGCAGUAACCUCGGUACGCUUCACCUCGCAAUAUUUAUAAGACGAGACUUAAUUUGGUUCUGCUCUAUUCCGGAGGAGGAUAGCUUUUCGACGAGAACCGGAACGGCGUUCAGAACAAAGGGUGCAGUUGCUAUAGCUCUCAUGAUAUUCGGCACCAGCUUUCUUUUUGUCACUGCUCAUUUGACCGCGCAUCAAGAUAAGGUAAAAGAACGUGUCAACGAUAUAAAGAGAAUCGUUAGAAAUCUUGAUUUACCGAAAGAGCUACCUAUCAGGCACAAAAGUAAAGAUGUUACGCAAAACUUUGAUUGCGUGUUUUGGUGUGGUGAUUUGAACUUUCGUCUAGCUCAACCGAGAGAGGAAGUAAUUCAAUGGAUCACGAAUACAUGCUUUCCGCAAGAGUCGCCGAUAAACAUGCACAAGGAUCAGCUAAAAAAUACUCUGAACGACGGCGCAGUGUUGCGCGGUUUCGAGGAAGCCCCGAUCUUGUUUCCUCCUACCUACAAGUACGAUCCGGGAACGCAGAAUUUUGAUUCCAGCAGCAAGCAACGCACUCCCGCGUACACCGAUAGAAUUCUCUUCCGGGGGAAAAGUCACACCAGAGGAUACAUCAGACGUGUCAGUCACGAUUCUGGUACGCAUAAGGACGGGGUUAUAGAGUGCUUGGUAUAUGAUUCUGUACCAAGUAUUUGUACCUCGGAUCACAAGCCGGUCUGGGGAGUUUUUAAAACCACGCUGCGGCCGGGUAUCGAUAUAAUUCCACUUGGCGCUGGGCUUUUCAAUCGAGAGGUAUACCUGGAAGGUAUUAGAAGGCGCGCGGCGGCAAUGGAUGAUUCUCUCGAAACUUCAAAAGUUUGUUCCAUUCAAUAAAGAAAUGCGAGUGCUCUCGCGAACGUAUUAAUAUGACGGGUAACGUAUUUACAGAUUAAAGAUAUGGUUUUUUAGUAUGUCAGAUGGCACGAAAAAAUGAUAGCUCUAUACUGUUCUUGUAAUAGGCGUCACGUUUCUUUUGUACGAUUUGUGUACUCGCUAAGUCUGUCCAUUUUUUAUAGCGGUGACGGGAAACUUUUCUAGUAACAUUUGUAUAAUAGAUUAUAAUUACCAGUGAACACCGUAAAAAUCUAGUCAAGCAGUGAAAUAAAUCGCUUGUUUAGUAAGAUGAGAUCUAGACGAGGACGAAGAUUUUAUAAAUCGUCGGUACAUCCCCGACAUUCAUAUUGUGCCACACGUGUUAAAAAAGUAAAAUGCUCUUUGGCUUUAUGUGGCCAAUCUUAUCAAAAAAUUACCAAAGAAUGAUAUUCUUUUUGAAACACUGUGAAUUUUAUUAGAUGAAUUUUUAAUAGUAAUUCUAUAUUGCAAUGCGUUUAUCAAGAUGUAACUUGACUAUAAUAUUUAAAAAAAAGAGACUAUUAUCUCAUUUAAAAAUUUUACACAAAUAUGCAUAGUGUUCAGAAAUAAUUUUAUAAAUAUCAAGAGAGACAUUUAUGCAAUGUUCUGCUACUAAUAUUCAACAUUUGUAGGUCGAAUUUCUUAUAAAAUGAGUAUUUUGGUUUUCAUGCGUUUGACUUAGAUAUAAUACAAAUGGUAGACCAAAUUUAUCGGGCCAAUGCGAUAUUAAAGAAUUAAUAGUCGCAAGAUUUAGAUAAUAUUUUUGUUCAUUAAUUGUUUAUAUUCUUAUUUAUUGGGACCACCCAUUGUAUCAAGUUUUAAAAAGAGAUUCAAAACAGGAUAAUAAUAUCUUUCUUUAAGCGUUACAUACAUAAUAACUGCGUUAGCAACUAAUUGCUGAAUAGUAUUGUCGUUUCAAAUAGUAUUGUGUUAUCGGUUUUAAAUAGUAUUAAAAGAUAAUGCUCCUUGGCCCUACUUCUACCUUGUUGUAGUUAUCGAUAAUAACGGUAAAUCAUGGCGUAAUUACAAAACCCCAGACACAAUAUUGUUACACAAUAAUAAUAUAUGCACAAAUAAGGUGUCUAUACCAGUAUUUGAUUUAACGUUUGUUAUAUUAAAACUAUGAGAAAAUAAUUGCAGUAUAAAUGUAUAAUAUGUGAUAUAAAUUAUAGGCAUGUUAUAUAAUUUUUUUAAUAAUUAAUUAUGACUGUUAUUUAAUUAUUUAUUUGUAUUAUUAUGAAUAUGGGUGAAAUUAUUAUAUGAUUUUCUUCUUAAGUACAAAUGAACGUUUUCAAAUUGAUUAUUGAUUGUUAUAAUUUUGAUACAGUUUUGUUAUGUUUUUACAUCUUAUAAUAAAUUUAUUUUAUUGUUACUUUUUGUGUCCAUUUUCACUAAUGAAAAUUAACUUUGAUCUCGGUUUACUUUACUCUUUAUCUUUUUUUAAUUCUUAGAACUAGAAAAAGAGAAAAUUAAAUUGAAAUCAAAAUUAAUUUACAUUGAUGGAAAUGAACAUUAAUCGUCUUAUAUUUUACAUUAUUUUCAAGAUAGUUUUCAAGAUAGUUUUCAAGAUAGUUCAAGUCUUACUAUCUAAUACACAAGGUAGACACAAUAUGUCAUGGUAAUAUAUCUAGGGAAUACUGUAUAUUCCUCUCUCUCUUCUCUAGCAUAUUAAUUGGAAAAAAACGGUAGCAAAAACUACUGCUUGGUAAAAAGCAAUAUGCAAUUAACGAGACAAUGUAAUUAUAUUUAUAUGUUGAUAUAAACAAUAUGAACAUACUAUAUAUAAAAAUUAAGUUCCAACAAAAUACUUGAAGUGGUGUUUAAUACGCUUAAAGAGUUCCAUUGAAUAUGUUAUAGAACAUAUAUAAAUGUUUGAUAGAGAAGAAAGUGCUUAUACCUAAUUAAAAGGUAAAGUAUUAAAAAAAAGACAGAUAUAUAAUGUACUACAUGUUAGGUGAUAAGUUAGAGAUAUUGAACUGUACUUUAAGGAAGAUGUGAUUUAAUGAUUUAUCACUUGUAUUAUCAAGUGUAAAAUGUACUCUAUUAUUCGAUGACGAGCAAAAUAUUCAAAGUUGUAAAGCAACACGAUCCUGGAGUACUCGCGUUCCGAACAAAUAAUCAAAGAGUAAUCUUAAAUUGGAAAAGUACUUCUCUAUAUAUGUCUUGAUAGAGUCAUUUCGUGUCAUGCGUCAAGCGCAUACUUUAGUGACUUGUGAUAACUUCUUCUUUGUAGUUGCGUAAACAGGUUGCCAAGCGAGGUGCCUAAAAACAUCUUUUACUGUUUCUAAGCCUUCUACAAAUGAAGAGAGACUAAAAACUGUCGGAGUCAAGAUCUUUAAGUCUGCCGAGCAGGUUGCCUUAAUCAUGCCUUACUUAAAUUGUUACAUAUGUAGUUAUGUACUCUCGAUCUCUGUGCGCGUACAAUUCUCUUGAGAUUAUAUUUUAUUCAGAUCUCUGCUUCAAUUAUAUAAAAAAAAAAAGGAAAAUGCAGUACAAUUAGUAAUCUAUGUUGCAAUUACUUCUAUAAUAUUUGAAUAAAAAUUUCUGGAGAGUGAACACAUUUUAAUAAACAUGAUUUGGCUUGUAAUGUACUGUAACAUGUUAUCUUGUCUAAAUUACAUCGUUACAAAUUUAUAUUGAAAUGGCAAAUGAGCAUUGUAAUACUUUCACGUGAAAUGUAAGUACAAUCACGUGCAACAUAGAUUAUUCAUUGCCUGUCAUAUCUAAAACAUAAAUGAAUUACUUCAAUGAGUGUUUGUUUAAGUAAAAAUGAUUUAAUACAUGCACAGCAAACUUCUUUUUUUUAAAUAUUUGAUUCUUAUAGUGUAUGAUCUGAAUAAUGCUACCUGCCCCUUUUACAGCUGUCUUGAAACUCUUGUACUGUGAUACAUUUUCAAACAUACAGGGUCUGGUUUGAAUUUGAUGAUUUUUUCACGUUCGCUGGAGGUGUUUAUUUGCAAAAUGUUAUUUCUAGAACUUAGUUAUACAUAUAAAUGUCAAGAGAUUAUUCUUCUUAUUGAGAUAUAAGUUCCCAAAAUAUUCAUUGUAUCUAAGACUCUUUCCUUUAUGAUUUUCAAAUCAAUCUUAUAAAACUGAAAUAUGUCUUGAUGAAAAAGGUCUCAUAAUAUUUUGAUAUUUUUUACAUUUUAAAUUUAUGAUUUCUGAAAAAAAAUAUCUUAAAUUUUUUCAGAUUUUAUGAGUUUUCCUCGAAAAGUAUAAAAUAAAGAAUCUUAAAAUAUUUCAAUACACGAAGCCACAUUCCCUAAAAAGAUCAUUCCUUUUAUUCCUUUUGCUCAUUCCUUAAAGUUUGUUCUUUUUCAAGCGUGAAAAGAUUAUCAGAUUCCAUCACUGGAUUCUGUACAUAAUGAGUGAUGUCCUGUUAUUGAAAUACAGCGUACAUCUUAUUUUAAUCAAUCACAGAUCCAAAGCGCACAGGUGACACGAUGCAAAAAUCGACAGCGCAAGAUACAUAAACUUUCUUUCAUCAUGUACGCGCCGUGUAUAAAGAGAAUACACGAACGCCUAUUCGGACGGGGCGAAUUUUCGCCAAAGCGAACGACAGGAAUCCCAUUUGAAUGUAUUCGACUAUUGUUCAGCAUAUGCUUGUACGUUUAAAUAAACUGUUCAAACUCAU